AUGCGGUUCAUUCUCCCUCUCUUCGCGAUCGCCGUCGCUGUGCUAGGGGUCGCUGUUCCCGCUCCCUCUGUUCAGCAGGACGCUGAGGCCAAGGGUCUCGAGGUCAAGCGUGACCCCCCUUCGGAAGCCCCCUCAGUCCUCUCUGGAAGCGUCAUGGAAGUGACGAAGCGCGACAACUCCUCAGAAGCUCUCGACGCUGUGCCUGCACCAUCGGGGCAGGAGGCGGGUCCGCCUGACGCCAUCUUGAUGCACAUGUUCGAGCAUCCAAACUACCGCGGCUCUGAUUACCAUGCUACCCGGCAUUGGAUGGAGGAGAAGGUGUGCGUGUACUUCGCCCCGAUUGUCUCUUCCAGCGCCUACGUACGUCAAGAGAAGGUGUUCUGGUGCAAAUUGUUCACCGAGCCCAACUGCAGCGGUGGUAUCUUGGGCAUUAAGCCUGGUGCUUGGAUCCCUGAUUAUGGCAGGUACGGCUGGGACAACAAGGCGCGAAGCGUAUUUUGCGAGUGGGGCCGUCCGAACGAUGGGAUCCUAAUGGAUCCCGGGUCGUGGCACUCCGCUCUUGGCUACACCAAGGCCUGGCGGCAUCCGGGCGGGUUGGUAGUUGGUAGCUUCGGAAUCUCGAGAGAUAGCUACACCCCCAUUUGA